UCUGCACCUUGACCUGAUUUUUAUUCUCUAUGUUCUAUCACAACAAUCUGUGACCACUAGUCAUAUGAUAUUGAUGUAGGUAGAUGUGAAAAUUUGACUACUCUUAAAUUCAUACAAAAUGUUCAUACAUUCAAUAUUCUUAGUAGCAAUAUUAAUAGGAGUGAACUCAAAUGGAGAAUUUUCUGUUUUAAAUUACCCAAAAAGUGUAUCAUUCAAAGGGCAUGAUCAUUUAAAAGAAAGUACUAUAAAAGAAGUUUUCUUCGCUACAUUGGGCUUCUCAAAUUCACAGUUUUCAAAUUGGAAAGGAUUAUACAUAAAUGAUCCUUUCAAUUUAGCAGAAGGGAUUGCUACUGUAGUCGUAGAGGGUUUGCCUACAAUCGAUCAACCUAAAGGGCAUCAUUUCCCUUUGAAAACCGAUACUGAAGACGAUUCUAUCUUUUACACUCUCAAAGAUGGUAUUAACUUAAGGUAUCCCGAAGCUAAAACCCAGAUUAUUCAUGUUGAUCUAGCUAACAACCUUGAAGAUCAACAAGACAGCAACUUAUUCAAGGAUAUUAAAAUUGAGAAACCAAAGAAAAAUACCUAUUUGAAAAAUGAAGCAGAGAAUAGGGAGUUUUUGAAAGAUAUCGACUUAUUGAAUGCUAUUGCAGAAAAGGUUCCUAGCAAUAUCAAAUCUGAUGGCAUACCAGAUCUCUUCUGGUUCAAAUUAUCAAGUCUGCAUCCUGUUGUGGAUUUGUAUGGGGAAAAUUCAACCGAAGUAAAAGAAGCUAAACAUCUGCUUAAUGAAGCACUUUUAAGAUUGAAUGACGCGUUCAGGCAAGCAUAUAAUGGAGCUGUGCUCUUCUCCGUCAUCACUAGUGAUGUCAGCCAUACCAGAAGAACCAGAAGUAUUCUAGCUACUGAUAAUGAACGUGAUCUAAACCUUGCUUCAGAUUAUUCAGAAGACUACCCUGUGAUUUUCAACAUCGUUUUAUGGCUCUGCGUAGUUUUAGGGUUUUCCUUACUUGCUAUUGCACUCGUUAUUGGUAAUAUGGAUCCUGGAAGAGAUUCGAUUAUUUAUCGCAUGACUAAUCCUAGAAUGAAAAAAGAUAACUAAAAUAGUAUUGAAUAUUUAGAUUCUCAAAGUUAAUAUGUAUCAAGGUUUUUCUUGAUGUUCUGUCUUUGAAAUGCAGAAAAAUAUCAUUAUUAAAGCAUUUCGCCUCUAGACUCGAUGUGAAUAUUUUUCAACCAUCUUUUAUGAAUAGCGUCAUUAUAAAAUAUAGAUUUUUCUUAAACACUCCAAUGGAUAAUUAUGAAACAUCCACAGGUUUUUGUAUUUAUACUGUAUAAUAGUUCACCAUUAAUUUUCUUUAAAUUUUACCUUACAAUGUUGUUUAAUUUGUUUAAUGUUUAGUGUAAAUGUGUAUAUGAAUGUAAAAUGUUGGAACAAUACAUAUGUAAUUUAUAACUA